AUGGCCACAACCACCUCAUCCAGCAUAUUCACCAUUCCCACCCCCAUCCGCUCCCUCUUCAACCUCUUCCCCCUUCAAACCUACGACGCAGAACCCCUCCCCGCCCGCUCGCCCUCCGAAUCCCGCACCCACGCCAAACUACACAUCUUUUCGAUCCCCGAAGACGCGCUCCUCAACCGACCCAGCUUCAACCCAACAUGUCUAAAAUGGCAGACGUACCUCCGCAUCGCCAACAUACGAACCGACCUCAUCCCCUCCACAAACCACGCCUCCCCAUCCGGCUCGCUACCAUACCUCCUCCCCCCGUCCACCGACUCGAGACCAGACAUUCCACUCACAGGACACCAAAUAUCACAAUACGCACAAAAGAACUCUUCCCUUCGAGAUGCGCCCUCCCCAAAAGCAGAAGCGUACCUCUCUCUAAUAGCGCAAUCCAUCCGUCCAGCAUGGCUCUACGCGCUGUACCUCUCGCCAACUCACACCUCCCUCCUCACGAAACUAUACCUUCCGUCAUCGCCCCUCCUAUCCACCCCGCUAUUACAUACGCUCCGGUCCGCUGCGAGAGAGGAGAUUCUCAAAGCGACGAGACGACACUUGCUUCUCCCGGGACAAUUGUACGACGAGGCGAGGACGGCUUUUGAGGCGCUGGAUACGGCGCUUGGUAAGGUCGAGUGGUUCUUUGGGGGUUCUGAACCGGGCUUGUUUGACGCGGAGGUUUUUGCGUAUACGUACUUGAUUUUGGAUACCGAGUUUGGAUGGCAGGACGAUGAGUUGAGGGAUUGUGUGGGCGGGUGUGAGAAUCUGGUGGCACAUAGACGGAGACUUUAUGAGAGAUGUUGGAACUGA